AUGUUCUACGAUGUGUCACCGGCCGCGUCACCAAAAAAGAUCAUUAUCUCAACAAAGGAUAAAAUAAACAAUGAAGCACAAAAACAUGAAGAUUUUUCAUUUGAACAGGAUCAUAAAGACGAGGUUCUUGACCAACCAGAGGGAGAAGACCAACAGAAGAACAGGCUAAAAGCUGAAACCUCAGAAACUGUUAAAGAGGAGAACAGUUUAAAAUCUGAUGGGGUUGCACUUUCUGUUUUAGCUGAAGCUGAUCUGCUCAGCAACAUUUCCGGGCUUUUGAACAUUGAUCAGCCAUUAUGUGCAAAGCCAAAGAAUUUAACAGAGCAAAGCAGCUCUGAUGUAAAGACUGAGCAGACAGAAGUUCUGCCAGAUACUGAGACAGCUCUGCCAUCUUUAGAAACAUUCUCAGUGGUGUCAUGUAAUGAUGGGGAUGCAGCAUCAACAAAUGUUAAUACAGUGUGUCUGGAUAAAUCCAGUGGGGACUGCAAUUCACCUUCUCAACAGCCAUCAGAGGAGGUCAAAGGAGACAAAGCAGACAUUUUGGAACAUGUUUCUAGAGAUCGCUUUGCUUUGGAAGAUGUGUUUAUGGCUGAACAGUUACAACAUCCAAAACCACUAAGGCAGAUAACUGUGGAACCUGACAUAGUAGCUAGCACCAAGAAACCUACACCAAUACGACCUCCACCACCAGGAUCAAGUAUUCCUCCACCACGACCACCACCAUCUGUGCGACCUGCUCCCCCUCCUCGAAAAAAGAAAAGUGAAUCUCCCUUAGAUGUGCACAGUCCUUUAGGCCUAGAAGGUCCUACGGAUCCUGAGGCAUCUAUCGGACUUGUAAGUCCCAAUACAGCUGUAGAGAAUCUAACCAAAGAACUGCAACAUUCUUUAGAUCUUGCAAGUGGAACUAGUGGGGACAAAGUUGUUACUGCACAAGAAAAUGGAAAAGGGACUGGAGAGUUGACAUCGGGUGUUCCUGAAACUGAAGAGUUGGGACCUCAAAGACCAAGGUCAAACCCAGGGCGAGAACUUACAGAUGAGGAAAUUCUAGCAAGUGUAAUGGUGAAAAAUCUGGAUACAGGGGAAGAGAUCACUCUCAAUAUGGCUGAGGAGAAACUUCCUAAAGGUCUUAACCCAUUGACAUUACAUAUUAUGCGUCGGACAAAGGAGUAUGUAAGCAAUGAUGCUGCACAGUCAGAUGAUGAAGAGAAGAUCCAACCUGCUCAGACUGAGCAAGAUGGCCAUAAAAUCAAACAGAAAACUAAUCAAUUAAAGAAGUUUUUGGGAAAAUCAGUGAAGAGAGCAAAGCAUCUUGCUGAAGAGUAUGGUGAAAAAGCUGUAAAUAAAGUUAAGAGUGUCCGAGAUGAAGUGUUUCAUAUCGACCAAGAUGAUGCUUCUUCGAGUGAUGAUGAGGGUAUGCCUUACACAAGACCUGUCAAGUUUAAAGCAGCGCACAGUUUCAAAGGGCCUUUUGACUUUGAUCAGAUUAAAAUGGUCCAAGAUCUAAGUGGAGAACACAUGGGAGCUGUGUGGACAAUGAAGUUUUCACACUGUGGUCGAUUACUUGCAACAGUUGGUCAAGACAAAGUUGUGCGGAAAUGGGUUUUAAAGAAUGCUUGGGACUACUUCAACAAUAUGAGAAUAAAAUACAACACUGAAGGUCGUGUGUCACCAUCACCCUCACAAGAAAGCCUGAGUUCUUCAAAAUCUGACACUGACACAGCAUACAGUGGAACUGAGGAUUCUGAUCCUGAAGACAAAAAUGCACCUUUUAGGCAGCACCCAUUUUGUAAAUACAAGGGACAUACUGCAGAUCUUUUGGAUCUCUCCUGGUCAAAGAACUACUUUCUGCUGUCAUCUUCCAUGGACAAAACAGUCCGUUUGUGGCAUAUAUCAAGGAACCCUCGGGUGUAG